UCAUUUAAUAAAGAGUGGAGCACAGCAGAGCCCAGAAGAACACUGCUCUCCGCAGAUGGGGCCAGAGGAGUUCCAAGUUAAAUCCUGACUGCCUGGGCCUGUGAGGAUUCAACAUGGAAUGUCUCUACUGUGUCCUGGGAUUUGUGUUUCUGGUUGCAAGACUGCCACUUGAUGCGGCCAAACGAUUUCAUGAUGUGCUGGGCAAUGAAAGAUACCCUGGCUAUCUGCGGGAACACAGCCAAUUAAAUGGCUGGUCUUCCGAUGAAAAUGACUGGAAUGAAAGACUCUAUCCCAUGUGGAAGAGGGGAGAUGCAAGGUGGAGAAACUCCUGGAAAGGAGGCCGUGUGCAGGUGGUCCUGACCAGUGACUCUCCGGCACUCGUGGGCUCAAACAUGACGUUCGCAGUGAACCUGGUGUUCCCCAGAUGCCAAAAGGAAGAUGCCAAUGGCAACAUCGUCUAUGAGAAGAACUGCAGAAAUGAUUCUGGCUUGUCUCCUGACCCAUAUGUUUACAACUGGACGACCUCAUCAGAGGACAGUGACCGGGAAAGUGGCACUGGCCAAAGCCAACACAACGUGUUUCCUGAUGGGAAGCCUUUCCCUCACCACCACGGAUGGAAGAAAUGGAAUUUUGUCUACAUCUUUCACACACUUGGUCAGUACUUCCAGAAAUUGGGCCGAUGUUCAGUGAGAGUUUCUAUAAACACAACCAACAUGACGGUUGGCACCCAAGUCAUGGAAGUGAUUGUCUACAGAAGACAUGGCAGGACAUACAUUCCCAUCGCACAGGUUAAAGAUGUGUACGUGGUAACAGAUCAGAUUCCUGUAUUUGUGACCAUGUCCCAGAGAAAUGACCGAAAUUCAUCAGAUGAAACCUUCCUCAGAGGCCUUCCCAUUAAGUUUGAUGUCCUGAUUCACGAUCCCAGUCACUUCCUCAAUAAGUCUGCCAUUGACUACAAGUGGAACUUUGGGGAUAACACUGGCUUGUUUGUUUCCAAUAAUCACACUCUGAAUCACACGUAUGUGCUCAACGGAACCUUCAACCUUAACCUCACUGUGCAGGCAACUGUGCCGGGACCUUGCCCUCCACCUUCACCCAGACCUCCAAGACCAACCCCUUCUUUAGUGCCUGCUGGUGACAACUCCCUGGAGAUGAGCAAGAUUCCCAAUGAAAACUGCCAGAUUAACAGAUACGGCCACUUUAAAGCCACCCUCACCAUUGUAGAGGGAAUCCUAGAGGUUAACAUCAUCCAAAUAGCAGGUGCCCCAAUGCCCAAGCCAAAACCUGACAACUCCCUGAUGGACUUUGUAGUGACCUGCAGAGGGACCAUCCCCACCGAGGUCUGCACCGUCAUUUCUGACCCCACCUGCCAAAUUGUCCAGAACAUGGUUUGCAGCCCUGUGGACGCGGAGGAGACCUGCCUGCUGACUGUGAGAAGAGCCUUCAGUGGGUCUGGGACAUACUGUGUAAACUUCACUCUGGGUGAUGACACAAGUCUGGCCCUCACAAGCACCCUAAUCUCCAUCCCUGGCAAAGACACAGCCUCCCCUUUAAGAACAGCAAGUGGUGCCCUGAUCUCUGUUGGCUGCCUGGCCGUAUUUGUCGCUGUGGCCGCCAUCUUGGUGUACAAAAAACACAAGGAAUACAAACCAAUAGAAAAUCGCCCUGAGAACAUGGUCAAAGGCAGAGGCCUGCGUGGCUUCCUCCACCACACAAAGGAAGGGUUCUUCCGGGGAAACCAGGAGAAGGACCCACUGCUCAAGAACCAACCAGGAACCCUUUAGAUCUUCAGUCUAAUCUCUGACCGAGAGCCCACCCAGUGCCAUCUGUGUAAGCUGCACAGGAGUGGAUGACGAUUAACUCUUUUUUCCUAAAGAUUAUUGUAAAAAAUAUAUCGUGAUGGGGGGGGUGGAUUUUUUAUAAGUUUCAUGAUAUUUUACAGAAAUGGUAAAAUGGCUUAGCAGCGAUUUCUUUUAUUAUUUGCAAGGAUUCACAUAUAAUGUCUUAGGUGAUUUGUAGAAUAGACUAUUCAUUAGACUCUGACCCAGGUUAAAUGGAAGGAGAGCCUGGGCACUUUCUAGCUCUUCGUUUAGGUAUAUGCAUAACACCACUGUAGUCCUUGUCUGAAGAUCAGGUUUCAAACUAACUGAAUUCCAUUUUGUUGAAUAUGCAUGAGAUCCUGACAGAAGAAUGAGAUCCAAGACCUUCAUAUGAUGUACAUGCUUGUUAUACUCAGAAAAAAAUAGUAAUCUAAUAAAUAGGUGUGAGUACUAUAUUUUGAUGACAACCUGCCUUGUCCAGCUGAAAGAAGGAAUGGUAUUCAUUCAUUUAUCCCAUGGACAUUUAUUUAGUGCUUUCUGUAUACCAGAUAUGACCCUGUACUCAGAGAAAUUAUAUAUAUACAUAUAUAUGUGUAUAUUAUAUAUAUACAAUAUAUGUACAUGUAUACACAUAUAUAUAAAUUUCAGUGCACAUAUUUGGAAUCAUGUUAUAGUUUUCUAAAGGCAAUCCCUAGCUUUCCUACUAGUUUCUCUGUUUAAAUGAUGUGAAUACGUAAUCAGUGAGGAUUUGUUCUCCAUUUGUAACUGAAAUCAUCUGUCAUAUGUUAGACAUGACAUUGUUUUUCUCUUUCCUGAAAAAUAAAUUGUGGGAAGAGACAAGGCCUCGGUAUUGUAAUUAUUUUUCCAAUGCAUUAUUUGCCUUUCAAUUUCAUUUAUAGUUUUUGACAGAUAAAACAGUACUCUAGCACCACCCCAGAGCAUUGCUAAUUUAAGCUCAUAAAUAUUUUCAUAUAUAUACACACACACAAACAUACAAAUUGUGAAAUUUCAAUUAAAAGUUUCAAUGUAUAAAUGGAUAUAACCAGGCCAAUCUAAAAUAAGAGAUUGGAGUUGGAGUGGUAGAGUGCUUACAAAGCAUGCACAAGGUCCUGAGUCAGAUAUCCAGCACUGCAAAAAAAAAAAAAAAAAAAAAAAAAAAAAAUUAAAAAGAUUU